UGGCCACCACUGACAGUGAUGUAACAGAAGGCUCAUCCAAGGACAAACAACAGAACAGCCAAACAAAAGCCCCCGAUCCCUCUCCUCUCUGUCUCUUUAUCUGCCCUAAUGAGAGUGAUGAGUUUGUUCAAGGAACUGGACCCCUGGCUGACCUUCAUCUAGAUCAGGGUCUGGUUCUGGAGGCCAACACCUCUGAAGUUCUUGUGUCUGGCUGGGAUUAGUGACGGGUAUUAAAGGCAUCCACAGACCCUCAUCACUGUGAUGGUUAAGAGGAGGCAGGCUGGAUCCUCAGGGCUCCUUUCAGACACUGAGGGGCUUCUAACAGUUGAGAACAUUGAUGGACGGGCCAAGACAUGGACUGCGAAAAUGCACAGCAGUUGGAGAUGUAGGCUACUGCUGCAUUAAUGUUGACGCACAGCCAUGCUUGCACUGGCAUCACUCAGCACUCAACACUCAACGCUCCAGGCCUUCACCCAAUCAGACUCUUCUGUUUUAGUGGUACAGGAGCUCCAUGGAGGAGUUCCCCAGAGCCGUCUGAAGCUUUUGGACCACCUAGGGUUUCCACAGUGAUGGCCAGCUCCUCCUGAAACAAGAAGAAGAGGUAGAAGAAGAAGACCACAACCAUGACCACAGAGACAGCCUGCAGACCCCUAGAGCAGGACUCUGAAUACGCUGAGUACUCCGAACUGGCCGACAUGGUGGCCGCUAUCGAUGUGGCAGCGAGCGGAGUGACCCCACCCAACGGCCACCGAUCCCCACCUCACCGCCUGCUGCUCUCCGACCGCAAGUUCUCCCUGCAGGAACGCGGGACGUACCACAAUGGAACGACCCCCAGGAUAGCCAGGAGACCGACCAUCGAGUCCAAACGCGUGUCCAUUUCAGACGGAGAUGACUGUGUUCAGCUCAACCAGUACAAAUUAAAAAACGAGAUUGGAAAGGGCUCCUAUGGGGUGGUUAAACUGGCACAUAAUGAAGAUGAUGACCAAUACUAUGCUAUGAAGGUGGUCUCCAAGAAGAGGUUAAUGAAACAGUGUGGAUUUCCACGCCGCCCCCCUCCCAAAGAAACGUCUGGAUCGAAGGGAAACCAACCCAAACCCUUAGGCCCACUGAACAGAGUGUACCAAGAGAUCGCCAUCUUGAAGAAGCUUGACCAUCUGAAUGUAGUUAAACUAGUAGAGGUUCUUGAUGACCCUGAUGAAGAUAAUCUACACAUGGCCUUUGAGUUGGUGCCAAAAGGGCCAGUGAUGGAUAUCCCCUCAGAUAACCCUUUAACAGAAGAGCAGGCCCGGUUCUACUUCAGAGACGUGAUAUUGGGCAUAGAAUACUUGCACUAUCAGAAGAUCAUACAUCGAGACAUCAAGCCUUCAAACCUGCUGCUCGGAGAUGACGGCCAUAUUAAGAUUGCAGAUUUUGGAGUCAGUAAUGAGUUUGAGGGGAGCGAUGCACUGCUAUCUAACAGCGCGGGAACGCCGGCCUUCAUGGCACCGGAGACUCUGACUGACCAAGAAAACAGAUUCAGCGGAAAGGCUUUAGACGUGUGGGCAAUAGGAGUAACUUUAUACUGUUUUGUCUUUGGAAAGUGUCCUUUUGUGGAUGACUACAUCUUAGCUCUGUAUGAGAAGAUCAGGAAUUGUCCAGUGAUCUUUCCGGAUACGCCCAGUGUAUGUGAAGAGCUGAAGGAGCUGCUCAUCAGAAUGCUGGAUAAAGUUCCUGACACCAGGAUCACCAUUCCUGAAAUAAAGCUGCACCCAUGGGUGACUGUAGGUGGGCUGGAGCCGCUGCCUCUGGAGGAGGAGCACUGUACGGUGGUGGAGGUGACCGAAGAGGAGGUGCAGAACUCUGUCAAACUCAUCCCUAGCCUUUCCACUGUGAUCCUGGUGAAGUCCAUGCUGAGAAAGCGCUCGUUUGGGAACCCCUUCGACUUCCUGAGCCGCAGACAGGGCCGGUCCAUGUCCGCCCCAGGAAACCUCAUCUUGGACAUGUUGCUGUUUCGCAACUCUGUAAAUGUUCACCCAUCAUUAAGUAGAGCAAGUGAUGGAAGCAGAGAGGGAGAACUGGAGGACCUUUAUGAAGAUGAAGAUGCGUGAAUGUGUAACUUCUUUGCCUUUACAAUUGAUUUCAUGUUGGUAUGUACAAUCCUAAAUAAGAAAAUGCUGGGAAAAGUGUGGAAAAUGGUCAAAAAAAUAAAACAAAAAACAAUUUGCUGUGUUUCCACUGAUGAGAAGUGGGAACUUCAGUAGAGAAGUGGGUGGGGGUUCUGGACAUGGUGAACAUAAGGUUUAGGUUGUGUACAGUAAAGUUUUAAAUAGUAUUAUUUUUUAAUAUUAAAUGUAGCAAAGUGGACAGAGCUUCUCGUGCCUCCAUAAGAGUUAAUGAUUUGAAUUUCUUGCCUCUUAAUGUGUUUGAGAGCAUCAGUUGUAAAGUUGUGAAGAGGUAGAGUUGCAGAUAUACAGUGAAUA